AUGCAGGAACAGUACUAUGCUAAACGUUAUAAUACCAUUGAUGCCGUAAGUUUUCUUGCUUUGUUAUGUGUUUUUUACACACAGUAAUCUCGCAAACAAAUAAAAGCGAAACAGCUAGUGGAUUCUCAUACCUUCGUCAAGUCUAAUCCGAGUGUUUUGGCCGACUGGUCGAAAGUAUUUCGCUUUUUUAAACCAAUUUAAUUUGUAAAAGAAUUCACGGGUCUUACGUUGUUAUCGGUGCCAUUUCAGAAGAGCUUCUUCGCUGUGGUACGAUGUGCUGAGACUUGUACUGAAGUCAUGCCAGAAUGGGUGGAUUUGUGCUUCGACAAGGACGAGAAGUACAUCCAGAUGAGUAUGAGCUUUCCCAGGCAGAUGCUCAGACGUGAGAACCUGGCAGACUACACGGUCGACCCUCCAAUCACUCAAUUCGGUAUGUUUAGCCGUUGUUACGGACAAAUGUUAUCACUAUGAUAAGUUUAUGUGAUAUACUUACUGUAUUUCAUUUCCCAUAUUUUUUAUUUUAUAACAAUGUGAUACUCUUUUCAUGUCAUGUUAAACUUUUAAUCUACCAUUUUAGGCUACGGUUUGUGUCAGGCGCUUGGAGAUGGUUUCAAUAUGGCCAAAACUAGAAUACAGAUGAUAAUCUGCGCUCCAACGUUGAGAUGUAUUCAAACAGCUCAAGCCAUACAUGCCGUGAUCCAGAGCGACAAGAGUCAGGCAAAGAUUUGUGUUGAAUAUGGCUUCUGCCACUUUCUAGGCAAAGCGGACAGUCAUCUGCCUGCGUAAGUUUAUUUUAAAAUGAUAUAGUUUUAAAGAUUGUAAUGUUUAUAAUGAUAGACAUUAUAAAAUGUAUAAUAAGCGACAUUUGAACAUUAGUUUAAUUUAAAAAGUCCAGAACACUUCAUAAAACUUCAUUUGAAAACAGAAAAAGCUGUGUUUUCUCUCGCAAAAAGCGCCGCGAAGAAACGAAAAGGAAAAUAAGAGAGAGAGCUGCCGGCCCAAGUAGUAUAGUGGUUAGUACUCCACGUUGUGGCCGUGGCGACAUCGGUUCGAUUCCGGUCUUGGGCAGCCCUUUUUUGCGGUCGUUUUCGUUGCUUUUUUAAAAUAUAAAUGGUCAAAAUGGGGUGGUAAGGAACUAAAAAUACAUAAUAAAAUGUUUUUUGCGCAAUUUCGAAUGUAUUUUAUUAAUGAAAACAGCGAAGAUGCACGUAAAAAUGGAUAUUUUGUUUAAAAAAGUUAAAAAUUUUGCCAUAUUAAGUUUUUAAUAAAGAAAAAACAAAUAUAAAUAAAAUUUAAAAAAUAUAAAGGGUAAAUUAAAGUUGUUUAUAUGUUGUAUUUGUUGGCCUAUUACACACAAAACUUUAGAUUUUUCGACCCAGAAUUCUUGCUCAGAAUGAACUACGCAAUAUUCACCAAGUAUAAACCACAAGUGACCAUCUCUCAGCUGUCCAAAGUUGUCAAGACAGAGACGAAGAAACAGUUCUACGAGAGAGUCAAGACCACCUUGGAAAGGCUGAAAAAGUAAGAUUGUGGUUAUGUUCAAGACAAUGGUACUGAAACUUAAAGUAAAGUGGAGACUUUACUGUAUACAAUACAGUAUUAAACAGAAUUCAUAACAGUACACCGACUUUUUUAAUACUGUAUUGGUAGUGCUGAAUACUGUAUUAAUAGUAUUGUACUCUCCUUCCCAUAGUAAUGACAUGUUUUAGGAGCUGUUCUGAAAUGAAAGAGGUGAUGAUUGUCGUUACCUCAGACACAAUGGAUGCCUUGUUUAAAGCGGCCAAACACAAGAGCGCUGACCACGUGCUGGAUUCAGACUUGAAGGGAAACAAGAUGGAUCAGUACUAUCCAGCUCUGAGUAAUGGAAUCAUUUGUCGCAACACUGGAGAUCCCAAUGGUGUAGGUAUAGUUCGGGAGGAAAAAUUAACAAAACAUGGGUAAAACAGAUUGAAUAUACUCAAAAUAGACUGAUAUGCUAGUAGAAUGUAUGUUGUAAACAAUAUUUCUGCCUUUUCAGCUGAUUCUUUUGCGUGCCCUGACCAAACUCACCCACCUCGGCAUCACAAACGAUGUCGACAUUGACUAUCUGAAGACGUCGAUCAACUUCGAAGGCGUUCCGGACGACGAGGAUGAUCAGAAACGGCGGCGACAAAACAAAGGCAACACGACGUCGGCCGAAGGUGAGGACGAAGCGGCCGCCUUGGAUGCCAAAGCCGGAGGCGGAGAGCAACAGAAGGCGCUUCAGAAUAAGUACGAUACUGAGAAUCCGGACUACAAGAAGGCGACGCAGGUCAAGAAGAAGAAGAAGCCCAGCAAGACGUGAGUUUUGGGUUUGAGUCAAGAUAUGAUAGAUAGGAGAAUUUAAUUUCGAGUAACUACUGGCUUUUUAAUCAUCUGACAAUUUGGGUGGUGACUUUUGAUCUUGCUAGCAGUUGUUUUGAAUUAAAAUCUAAAAAAAUAAAAAUCUUUGUUUCAGUACUCAAGCGGAGACCAAAGACGACGACGCAGGACGUAAGUUUUGGCACAGUUUCUGUGUGGUACUAUUUUUUUUGUUUGCCAAUUUUUAACUUUUGAAAUACUUUUUAAAUUUUAAUCUUCGAAUUUCAGUCGCUCCCAAAGAUGACAAAGACAAGGAUGACGACGAUGAUGUAGGUUUACUUCUUCUUGAGUUUAUUGAUCAUCGAUUUUGCUCGUUAUUAGUUUUGAAGAUGAUGAUAUUUAUGUUAACGUUUUCUGCUUUCAGCCAGUGGCAGCCGAAUCUCGCUACACCUUGGCCAAACAAGAUUGA